AUGCGUCCUGAUAUUGCAUAUGCAGUGAGUGUAGUGAGUCAGUUUAUGCAUUCUCCUAGUGAAGAUCAUAUGGGUGCUGUGAUGCACAUCUUGAGGUAUCUGAAAGUAACUCCUAGAAAGGGGUUAAUGUUUUGCAAGUAUGGUCAUAUAGAUGUGGAAGGGUAUACAGAUGCUGAUUGGGCUGGUUCAGUCACUGAUAGACGUUCUACGUCUGAGUAUUACACAUUUGUUGGUGGUAAUCUUGUUACUUGGAGGAAUAAAAAGCAAAAAGUGGUGUAUAGGUCUAGUGCCGAGGCCGAGUACCGUGGGAUGACUCAAGGUGUGUGCGAAUUACUAUGGUUAAGAAGAUUGUUGAGAGAUCUUGGGUUUAGACCCCAGAAACCCAUGGAUUUGUAUUGUGAUAAUAAAAUUGCAAUUGCAAUUGCACAUAACCCUGUGCAACAUGAUCAUACAAAACACAUCGAAGUUGAUCGACAUUUUGUUAAAGAGAAGUUAGAUGCUGAAAUUAUUUCUUUUCCGUUUAUAUCAUCUGAGUAUCAACUGGUAGAUGUUCUUACGAAAGCUGUGUCUACUACGAUCUUUCUCAACUCGCUUGACAAGUUGGGCAUGCGUGACAUCUUUGCUCCAACUUGA